CUUGAAUGAACUUGAUGAAUGCACUUUUUAUAGACUCUCAUAGACUCAUGCUAGGUCUAUACUCAUCUCCGUCUCUGGUUACAGUUACGUCUUGACGCCCAUCCCAAGAUCAUGGCAUCAUCUCACGGAAGCUGCCGCUGUGGCAACAUCAGAAUAUCGUUCAAAGGAGACCCGGUGAUCACAGCCGCCUGCCACUGCCUCGACUGCCGAAAAGUCUCGGGCAGCGCCUUUGGCGUAAGCCUCCUCGUCCCAGCCGCCGUCUUCACAUGCGAAAAGGGAACGCCGGCAAAUUACGCCAGCGCAUCUGACAGCGGCAACGAGGUCGUCAACCACUUUUGCGGAACCUGCGGCGUCACGCUCUGGGCCGACGGGGUGUCUUCCCCGUUCAAGUUCGUCAAGGCCGGUGUGUUGGAUGAUCCUUCCGCGCUGGAUCGGUUGAAGCCCGCUGCUGAGAUCUAUAUCUGCCGUCGUGCCUCGUGGUGUUCGGCAUUGGAGGGGACUCAGCAGAAGGAGAAGAUGUAG